AAGCAAAAUGCAAUCCACACGAUUGCCGCCUCGUUUCCCAGCUGGUGCUGGUGCUGCUGCUGCCGCCGUCGUUUCAAAUGCAAAAUUGCGGCACUGUGACAAUUUUGGCAGCUAUGCCACAUUGAACACCAUGGAUCAACAGCAACACCAGACAAGCCUAGCAGCCGCUGCUGCUGCCGCCGCCGCCGCCGCAGCCUCUUGCAACCAUCGCUCUCGUCAUUGUUUACCGCCUCGUUGGUAUGGUGAACAAAAUCCUCCUGCCCAUUCGAGCCAUUUGAAUGGCUGUUGUUAUAUGUACAAUCCACUUCCGGCGCCGGCACCAGCUUUAGCUCCAGCUUCAGCUCCUCUAUACUGCCUAUGCGAUAAUUGGUAUCACCAGCAACAAAACCAACACCAACAGCAACAACAACAUCUAAUGCAACAACAUCUCCCACAUCGCCAUAAGCCACUCAUACCCAAUGGAGGCGGCUGUUAUUUUGGUUACGACAGUCACCAAUUGCCCAAUCCGAAUGUAGUGGGAGGAGCAGGCGGAGGAGGAGGACAUCACAGUCAUGGUCAUAUUACUGAUGAAGAGGAUUCAGCAUUUAAUGGCUUGGCUGAUCGCGAGUUCCAUCUGCUGCAUAGGAAUAUACCGGCUUUGCGGCGCACAGGUGUGGAUACCACACGCAUUAGACAGUACUUUUAUCCAGAUGGCGGCUGGGGCUGGAUAAUAUGCGGUGUGUCCUUUCUGAUACAUAUACUGACCACAGGACUGCAGCUAAGCUAUGGUCUCUUGUUGUUCUAUGCUGUACAAUAUAUGCAUAAUACUACAGGGAUAGAGCUGCUUGGUGCUUUGAGUUGGUCAAUUUCGAUGUUGGCCAUACCGUUUGUGGUCUCGCUAUGUCGCAAGCGUUCCAUACGCCUGCUCUCCAUAGUCGGUGGUUUGGUGAUGCCUCUGGGCAUUCUAUUCACCUCAUUUGCCACGGAAUUUGGUCAGGUUGUUUUCAGUUAUGGCAUCGUCUUUGGCAUUGGUGUUGCCAUGGUCCGUGAAGCUUCCACCGUGAUGUUGGGCAAUUACUUUAAGCGGCGUCGUCAAUUCGUCGAAAUGGUGGCCAUGUCCGGCGAGGGUGUUGGCAUCGCUUUGUUCUCCGUCAUCUUGAAAGAGGGUGUGGGUAAGGCAGGCUGGCGCCUCGGAUUGCAAAUCGUUGCCGCCCUAACAGCUCUCAGUUUUUUCAUGGGUCUCAUGUAUCGACCCGCAUCGCUAUACCAUCCGCAACGUCGUGCCAUUCAACAUUUGAAAAAUCAACGAAAAAAGCUGCGUGAGAAAAAGCCUAUACUCAAUCAGGAGGAUGUGGAAUCACCAACACGAUAUUUAUUUUUGGACAUAUCAUCAUUGAAAUCGGUUACAGUUAAAAUAUUGCUCAUGACCUCCAGUGUGGCAUCAUUUGGCAUUUAUACGCCCAUGUUCCUAAUGGCUCUCAAUGCUGCCAAAGAAGGUUCCGAUGUUCAGGAAUUGGUCCUUUUGCAAACAUUUCUAGGCAUAUCCAUGGCUUUGGGUGUAGUAAUAGCUGGAGCAUUAUUACGUAGAUGUUUUGUGAUUCGAACUAUUGUGAUUAAUUCGAAAAUUGUGGCUCAGCUCUUCAUAUCAAUAGUUGCCUUGGCCAUAUUGUUUCUCUCGUUUGUGAUGGGCUACAAAGGUCUAUGCAUAUUAAGUUGGCUUUAUGGCAUAGGUUUGGGUGGAUUUCAAUAUUCAUUAAAGAUUUUGGCUUUAGAACGCAUCAAAUUGAAGCAUUUUUCCAAGGCUUGGGGUUUUAUACGUGGCGUAGAGUCGGUGCCGGUGCUCAUCAGUGUGCCCCUUACCUCGUUCCUCAAUGAUUACUCCCUUAAGUAUGGACGAGCUGGUUAUUAUAUAUGCUCGGCAGCAGCUGCCAUUUCUGGUAUUAUAAUAUUUUUUAUCAGCGAGCCGCAACAGCAACGAACUGCUGGUGGUGGUGGUGGAGGUGGGGGACCUCAUCAACUGGCCAAUGGCCAUUUGCCCACUCCCCUGCUAAUGCGUCAUUCAUCGGCACGUCAGCAUUCUCGUCCGGGCCAGUUUCCUUUACCAUUUGGCUAUCAUCAUGGCUAUCAUGGCGGUGGUGCUGGUGGUGGAGAAUAUGCUCCAGCUCCACCCGAUCUACUUAGCCGGAGUUGUAUUAGUUUGAAUCAAAUGGAACCAUAUCUACUUCAGCAGGCCAAUUCGAGCUAUUGCCCGCGCCAUUUGCAGCAUCAGCAUAUGCCACAAUCUCAACAUUUUGCUCAUCUUCCUCCAUCAACUCAUCGCCAGCAAUUGCCGUGCCACAAUCUCGAUAUGCAGCAGCAGCAGCAGCAACAGCAGAUGGUUCGAGGUCCCUAUCAAUUGGGCCAAGGCAGCAUCGGAGCACGCAUGGGCAAGAGAUUGCAACGCAGCUUAUCCUUUAUACAACAACACAAUUGCUGUGAUGGCCAAAUGUAUUGCAGUUGGCAUAGCACCUAUGAACUCGGUUGCCACAAGGCAGCAGCAGCAGCAGCCAAUAAAUCACUCGACAGACAACCACUGAUAUGCACCUGCAGUAGUCCCAAUUCCACGACAACCAACACCCACACCCAUACCACCAACACCAAUGCAUAUGGAUCCGGCGGACUGGCCCAUAUCCCUUCAGCUGCUCAUUCGGCACGUAGCCGUAGUGUGCCCGAAGGUCUAUCCACCAUGUCGCAACAGUGUAACUGUCGCCACUCUGCCGCACCGCCCACCACCACCCAUCCCACACGUGAGUUCAUCUACGUGCCACAUGCCUAUGCCUCGUUGCAAAGAACCUCUCAGCAGCAGCGGCAACAACGGCAACCCAACAACAACAAUUUACAACAAUGUCGUUUGAAGCGUUCGCAGUCCUUAUGCCGACCUCCCGUGCAUUUUGUUGAGCAAAUUACCACCUCGGUCUAAGACUACGCAUCGAAGACCAAAAAGUCAAUCGUAGGAAAUUGAAAACAAAACAAGAAAAAAAUACAAAAAAUCUUUUGUAGUUACGUGAAAUGAAUACGAAUUCGAAUUUGGAUUCGGAUUUGUCAGAGAUCUCUUCUAGUCUU